AAUAACAAGAAAAAAAACUCAUCUGAGAUCUCUUGUUCGCGGUUUCGUAAUUGUUGUCAAUGUUUUUUUUAUAUCAAUUGGAAUAGAUGUAAGAACAUUUACUAAAAAAUGUUAAUACCAAAGGUUCAGGCUAUACGGAGAUUUUGUACCAACCUCGGUUCGACUUACUAUGUAACAACACCUAUAUUUUAUGUUAAUGCCGCUCCUCAUAUUGGCCACCUGUAUUCGGCUGUUAUUGCCGAUGCAAUUUGCCGCUAUCAGAAGUUGUUGGCCAAACCGGAAAGUCCUGCCCCCUUGGUACGUUUAUGUACGGGCACCGAUGAGCAUGGUACAAAAGUUCAACAAGCUGCCGCCUCACAUAGUAUUCCAGUUGACCAAUAUUGUAAUGAUAUUUCGGCAAGAUACCGCAAUGUAUUCCAACAAGCCGUCAUUCAAAAUAACGAUUUCAUACGCACCACAGAGCAGAGACACAAAAAGGCUGUUGCGCACUUUUGGCAAACUUUGAACUCCAGAGGUCAUAUAUAUUCAGCCAACUACCAAGGAUGGUAUUGUGUAUCGGAUGAAACAUUUCUCACUGAUUCCCAAUUGCGUGUAGAAGAGUCAACGGGGGAGCGGUUCUCCUUGGAAUCUGGUCACCCGGCUGAGUGGACAGAGGAGAAAAAUUACAUGUUUCGUUUGGGAAACUUACAAGAUGAUAUUAUCUAUUGGUUGAAACAAGGCGGCAAAGUUAAGCCUUUGAAAUUUGAAAAGAUUUUGUUUGAUAUGCUGUCGGAACCCUUACCAGAUGUUUCAGUAUCACGCCCUGCUCAAAGGGUACAAUGGGCCAUACCGGUACCGGAGGAUCCCUCACAGUCCAUAUAUGUUUGGCUGGAUGCUUUGGUGAAUUAUUUAACAUCUGCCGGUUAUCCAGAUCCAAAGUUUCAAUCUUGUUGGCCACCUAAAGUACAAGUGAUUGGAAAGGAUAUUUUAAAGUUCCAUGGUAUUUAUUGGCCAGCAUUUUUGAUUGCUGCAGGUUUGGAACCACCACAAGAGUUGUUUGUACAUUCGCACUGGACUGUUGACGGCCAGAAAAUGUCGAAAAGUAAAAAUAAUGUUGUUGACCCUAUGGAAGCAGCUGAGACGUAUACAAUGGAAGGUUUACGUUAUUUUCUGCUGCGUGAAGGAGUUCCCCAUAGCGAUGGCAAUUACAGCAGCGUUAAGGCAAUGCGAAUAUUAAAUGCUGAACUUGCCGACACCAUGGGCAAUCUUUUAUCGCGAGUCUGUGGCAAAUCCUUGAAUCCCUGGCAAAUCUAUCCACGUUUGCAUACAGCUCAACUACGCGAUAUUAUGACAACGGAUACAGCAAAACAUUUGCUAGAAAUGCUGGAACAGUUAAAAGGCAAAUGCACUCAACAUUACGAUGAGAGAAAUUUCUAUCUGGUGGUCGAUGCCGUUAUGUCAACAUUGCAUGCUGCAAAUAGUUUCUUUGAGACCUCACGUCCCUGGGAGUUGAAAUUAAAAACGGUGACCGAGCCCGCCAAGCCCAGCAUUGUGCAUCGUGCCGCUGAUGAGAAUGCCCUCAAGCUGGAGACAAUCAUGGCCAUGACCAUGGAUACAUUGCGUUUGUGUGGCAUAGCCUUGCAGCCCAUAUUGCCGGCUAUGAGUACGCGAUUGUUGGACAAAUUAAGUGUGCCCUGGAGUCAGCGUUUGUGGCAUAAUCUAGAUGAUCACUUUGGUCGCAUAGUAGGCGGCCAGUGUGAGCCACCCAUGGAAGCAAGUUUAAGUCGCAUAGACGCAGUGCUAUUUCGCCGUAUCUAUCCAAAGGAUGAUGAUGAAGACCAAGGAGCUGCUGCCUUGGCAAAGGCAUUGAAAAAUAAAAAGGGAAAGAAGGGGCCUGCCACGCCAAAGCAAGAAAAGGCAGAUAAGAAUGCGGCCAGUGGGGAAGCCGCAGCAAAAGCUGCUGCCCCAGCUGCUACUGCCACUGGAUCCAAUAAAAGUAAACAGGUGGCUCAAUGAUGACGAUGAUGAUGAUGAUUUAAAAUAUGACCCGGACUUGGGAUAUCUAACCCUUAGCCCACCACCCACAACUGAUUAAAUGUUUCCUUAACCUAAUUUUAGUAAUCCUUAGGUUUUCCCUUUCUUUUCGAUUAACGAAAUUUUCAACAGCACUUUUUUUAUUGUUUAUAAUUUAUUUAUAUUAAAUAGAAAUUGUUUAGCUUUUUUCUCCCCUCUCUCAACAAAAGAACGACCCACGCAGUGAGUGUUCAAGAGAGAGAAAGAUUCCAAGUGGAGUUCAAGUACAAAAGAAGGGAAUGCUGAUUGUUUUGUAGCUCACGUUUAUGCGUGUGUGAGAGAGAAAAUAAGAAUGUUUUUGUUUGUGAGUAUGCGUGUGCGUUCUUUCAUCCUGAAGACACACGUAAAUGUAAUGAAUUUGAUGGUAUUGCAUGCCUUAAUGAAAUAAAGCAAGCACCUAUGUAUUAAGGUGAUUUUAUAAA